CAUGCGGCCCCAGGCAGUUACUCGGCCCCAGCGUUCUGCAGGUGAAUAAAAUUGCCGUCACGAUGUCGUUCCAGUUCGCUAUUUAUUACUUGUUUAACAAAACACUACAAGUGGAAAGUACAUCUCUUAUUGUUGGAAAUUUGGACCAGUUUAAUCAAGUGACUUCGCAGCCUGACCCUGAUAGCGAUGAUGACUGGUUCAAAAUAAAAUGGCCCACACGAAAAGAACCGGAGAAGACAGUAGCAGCUAAUGUUCUGCUAUUUGGAGAUUCAUUUAAAGACCUUGUCACCAAAAAGAAUUUAUUCAUUUUGGGGAAAGAUAUAUGGACCGAGGAAGAAAGCAUGGGUGAAAAAAAAAGACAAAAGAAAAUGUUGGAGACCAAUGUGGUGGAGGCAAAAAAAGCCAGGCUGGCAAAGCCAACCAAGAUCAAAGACACAGCCAGAAACCAGAUGUUAGAAAAUUUAAAGAUUUCCCUUUCCCAAAAAAGGGUCCAAGACACACAAGAUCACCACACCAGUUCUGAGGAUGAAUUUCCACAACAUCUUCACUGUGUAAAGCAAAGAAAGACUUUAAAGGCUGCCAGGCCUAAGUCACCCACUCCUGAUCAUCACACAAAUUCAGAUGAUGCCACAAACAUAGGGAGCCCACCAUGUUCAGAUCACCACUCCAGAUCUGAUGAUGCCACCAUGAUAUGGAGUCAAAGUCAACCUGACGUUCAGAUGGUGGAUAAUAGCACUAGUCAGCCAAUGGUUCACCAGAUGGAUCAAAUCAUGGCAUCCCUUCGUGAACUUCCAGAAAUGAUUAAAGUAGUGAAGGAGUGUGUGCAGUGUGUACAGGCUUUGAUGCCCUCAUCUGGGGGGACUCCUUCAUCCACAAAAUCGUUUUCUUUCAGUGACAUUGAGAUGCACCCCUUGGCUGGAAGUGAAGUAACAGUGUCAAAGAGGGCCUUCAAGCGGCUGAACCGAUCUCGAAUGACCAUUUUUGCCCAGGAGCUGGCAGUUCUGGUGUUCACAAAAGAUGUCCUUGCCCAGUCCACACUGUCAGGGAAAUCUGGAAAAGGGGCCCCCCCUAAAGCACAGCUCGAUCUUGUCAAAGUGCAGGCCAUAACAGAUGCUGUUCUACUGGAGUUUCCACAAACAACAGCUUCUGAAGUGCGAGCAGCUAUCAGACGCAAGUGCAAUAACGAUCAGUUCAGCCAGAAACAUCAUAAUGUUUAAAUAUGCAUUUCUGAAUAUGUUUACGUAUAGAGGGUUGGUGCGGUCAUUGGUUUGAAGUUUUUCAGUGUUAUUGUAAUGAAAAACAAAGUAAAUUCGUUGUUUUUUCAAGUUUUAGUGUAAUAUCAUUCAAGUUUUUUUGCUGAAACCAUGUUACUGUAAGUUUAAAUAAACUUUUAAAUAUGUGAAUAAAAUAUGUCCAUUCAUUAAUGAUCUUAUUCAUUUAUAAUGGACAUCACAACAGCAUUAAGGUACCCUCCAUCAAAAAAUCCCCCUACGUAGUUUAGCCUUCAGUAUACUUAUAACAUUAAAUAUAUAUUGU